UUUGUUAACGUAAUAAACCUACAAAUUAGCUGAUACAAUAAAAACAAAAAUUUGAGAUAAUCUUAAGAAUGUCCUAACAAACGACACAUCUAGCUCAAGAUCUUCAAAGUCCACCUAAGGAUUUGUUUAUUUCGGCCUCAAAAGAUGAUGCUGCAUCGGUCAACGUUCACGAUUCAGUUGUCCACAACUAGAAGUCAUCAAAUUGAAAAUUUUAGAUCCAAGGUUUUGUUAGAGAUCAUCUAUCUUUCUCUCUCUCUCUCUCUGAUUCUUUUGCAAUACCUUUGAACAGAUUUUGAUCAAAACUUGAGAUUCCCAGUCCACAAAACAACCCAAAAAAUCAAAACCCAUGGAGGAAUCCAACAUAGAAAAGAACCCAAGUAAUGGAUUUUUGGGUUUGAUGUUGGGGCCAGUGCAAUGGUUCAAAAUGCUUAGUGAAGAGUUGCACUGGAGCUUUGUUUUAGGAGUGGUGACUGUUUAUGGAAUUAGUCAAGGAGUUGGUGUGGGUUUGAGCAAAGUUAGUACUCAGUAUUACAUGAAAGAUGAGCAAAAAGUGCAACCUUCUGAAGCACAGGUGUACCUUGGGUUGCUUCAAAUCCCUUGGAUUGUUAAGCCUUUAUGGGGUCUUUUUACUGAUACCCUUCCUGUUCUUGGUUACCGUAGACGCCCUUAUUUUGUUUUUGCAGGAGCUCUUUCCAUUAUAGCAAUGCUUAUGCUGUCAGUGCAGAAAAACUUGCAUCUUGCAUUUGCUCUGCUGUCUCUAAUGGCAGGAAGUGCCGGUGUAGCUAUAGCUGAUGUGACCAUUGAUGCUUGCGUGACACAAAACAGCAUAAGUCAUCCUUCUCUAGCUGGUGAUAUGCAAAGCUUGUGUGGAAUCAGCUCUUCCGUUGGGGCCCUUGUUGGAUUCACUCUCAGUGGCUUUUUGGUUCAUAUAGUUGGUCCGAAGGGUGUUUUUGGGUUGCUCAGUAUACCAGCAGGCCUGGUCAUUGUGGUAGGAAUAAUUCUGAGAGAAUCUCAUGGGCAUAGAUUUGCUUCCAAAAGGGUAAAUGAGAAGUUCUUGGAUGCUGUUAAGGCAAUGUGGACGACACUUAAAUGUCGGGAUGUAUGGAGGCCAUGUUUAUAUAUGUACUUGUCACUUACAAUGAGCUUACAUAUUCAUGAAGGAAUGUUCUAUUGGUAUACAGAUGCAAAAGGAGGUCCAUCUUUCUCAAAGGAGGUUGUUGGGACCAUAUUCUCAGUGGGCGCAGUUGGUUCUCUCUGUGGUGUGCUUAUCUACCAAAAUUUGUUAAAGGACCAUCCUUUCCGGAACAUACUUUUCUGGUCUCAGUUACUAUAUGGUGCAUCAGGAUUGCUAGAUUUGGUAUUAGUCUUGCGUUUGAACUUGAGAAUUGGUUUACCUGAUUACUUCUUUAUUGUGAUUGAUGAAGCCGUUUCUCGAAUGAUUGGACGCAUUAAAUGGAUGCCUCUUCUUGUACUCAGCUCCAAACUUUGCCCAGCUGGUAUAGAGGGCACUUUCUUUGCUCUGCUUAUGUCAAUUGAUCAUGUUGGUAUGCUUUCAUCAACUUGGGCAGGAGGUCUCUUACUCCAUAUUUUGAAGGUUACACGAAUACAAUUUGACAAUCUCUGGAUGGCCAUCCUGAUCCGGAGCAUCUUGCGAAUGGUUCCCAUCAGUCUGCUAUUUCUGAUACCGAAAGCCGAUCCCACCUCAUCCAUCCUUCCAGCAGAGAUGUUGAAUACGAAAAAAGGUGAUGAUAUGCUUAAAAAUGAAAACCUUGAAAUGGUCUCCCUUGUUAAUGAUUCUUAAACUAGAAGGUAAAAAGGGCAUCUAGGACACUGCUUGUCUUUUCAUGAGAGAUAAUAAAGUGAAAAGAGGCCAUCCAUGCCCAUGCAAUUAGAUAUUCCUGUUGAUGCAUUUACGAGAUAAUGUCAGGAACUAUCAUCCAGUAGCUGAAAAGCGGUUGCACAAAUUUGAUCAUCCCUGGAAUUAACUAUUUUCAGAAACGUGUCUGGAUAUGACUUAGACAUGAUUUCUUUCUACUACUAACAGUCAGCAGAAUAGAGUGGCUUGGUCAACCUUAUGGACAUUUCCUACUAUCCGAGGAUCAAGCAGUCAAUUUUGUGUAUAUCACUGCAAUAUUUCUGGUAGGCAUUGCUUUAGAUUACAGAUAAGAUAAAGCUCUGUAAUCAAGUUGAAGUAGAAGCACAAAUAUUUUUGGACCUUAUUGAAGAGAUAAUUCUAACAUGGGAAAUUUCUACAAAUGCCCAUUUGUCUGUCUUUUAUUUGGAUAAGUUUUACAGAUACUAAUGUAUCAUCUUUUAUUUUUCGGGAAAAUCCAUUAAUAUUGUUGGGAUA